GUUGCUUAUCUCCGACGUAAAGUGAUUGAUCGUGUUGUGAUUAUUUCAUUAAUUUUCGUUCUUCACUUUUGAAUGAAAAGAAAUGGAUACAGGUAGACAAUGUGUUAAAAUUGAAGAAGAGGUGCAUAUUGUGGGUGACGACAUUAAGUUAGAAGAAAAAUUAGAUGUUCUUGAACAAUUUGUAGAUGAACAAGGAGUUCAUGGCAGAAAAGAAUAUAUAAGCAAGAAUGAAGAAAGUGACCCAAAUAACUUAAUCACAGAAACUGUUGCAAAUCAAUUAUCAACAGCGUCUUUUACAAAACUAUUGCCCCAAAUGUUAGAAACACUGAAAGACUCCGAAUGGGCUCACUUGGAGACAGAUUAUAAAGAGAGCCUUAUGAUACCUACAAAAUCCGUUCAUUUGAAUAUUGAAGAUCACAAUUGCACCUUUUGUGAUUUUAUUACAAAUUCAAGAGAUGUCCUUCAAAACCAUAUUGAUUCUGUUCAUUUGAAUAUAAAAGAACACAAAUGUCAUUUAUGUGAAUAUACUACGAGUAGAAAAUUCCUCAUUGGGAGACAUGUUAAAUCUGUUCAUUUGAAAAUCAAGAAUCACCAGUGUAACUUGUGCGAUUAUGUUACAAAUAGAAAAGAAUCCCUUCGAAGUCAUAUUGAUUCUGUCCAUUUAAAUAUCAGGAGAAAUGAAUGUCACUUUUGUGAAUAUGCCUCGAGUAAUAAAAGUAACCUCGAAAAACAUAUGAAGUCAGUUCAUUCGAAUAUAAAAGAACACAAGUGUCACCUAUGUAAGUAUGAUACAACUUCCAAAGCCAACCUGAGACAGCAUGUCAACUCGGUUCAUUUAAAUAUCAAGAAAUAUAAAUGCCAAUUAUGUGAAUACGCUGCAAGUCAAAAAAGUACUCUCGACAUGCAUGUAAAAUCGGUCCAUUUGAAAAUUAAGGAACAUAAAUGUCACUUAUGUGAUUAUGCUGCGUGUAAAAAUCAGGAUCUGGCAGUACACAUAAAAUCUUUUCAUUUGGAUAUCAAGGAGCACAAGUGUCAUCUAUGCAAGUAUUCCACGAAUGUUGAACCUUACCUUAAGAAGCAUAUCAAAACGGUUCAUUUAAAUAUCAAGAAAUACAAGUGUCACUUAUGUGAAUAUGCUUCGAGUGUGAAUAAGGACCUGGAAGUACACAUAAAAUCUUUCCAUUUGAAAAUAAAGGAGCUCGGCUGUCAUUUUUGCGAGUUUGUCACAAAUAUAAAAUGUGACCUUCGGAGGCACAUCAACACGGUUCAUUUAAAUAUCAAGGAGCACAAAUGUCACUUAUGUGAUUAUGCCGCGAACGAGAAACACCACCUUGAGAGACACGUAAAAUCUGUUCAUUUCAAAAUAAAGGAUCACAAGUGUCUCCAAUGCGAUUAUGAUACAACCAGUAAAAAUCUACUUCAGAGGCAUAUCAACGUGGUUCAUUUGAAUAUCAAGAAACACAAGUGUCAGUUCUGUGAUUUCGUUACGAGUAGAAAAGAUAGGCUGGGAAAUCAUGUCAGCUCUGUUCAUUUAAAUAUCAAAGAGCAUAAGUGUGACUCAUGUGAUUAUGCCACAAGUGUGAAAUUUAACCUCAAUGAACACAUUAAAACAGUUCAUUUGAAAAUAAAGACACACAAGUGUCCCUUAUGUGAGUAUGUUACAAAUAGAAAACAUUUGCUUCGGAAGCAUGUAGACUCUGUUCAUUCGAACGUGAAGGAAGAAGACAAGUGAUAGUUUUUUGAAUAUGCUAUAAUGGACCUUGAAUGGGAUGUAAAAUCUAAUUUUUUUUUAAAUUAAGAGUGAAUAAUUGUAAACUUGUUGACUAUGUAAAUUUUGUUCAUUUGAAAGUGAUAUUGUGAUUAUGCGACAAAUAUAACUGGUUAUAUUUCAA